GGACCGAUACUCCGAAUCUCAUGUUCUCGACCGCAUUUCCUAGACAAUAGCGACGACAGUUUGUGGCGUAGUUCCGAUGGAGGAAAUCCUAAGCCUGGAAGGAGAAACCAAUUCAAUACCACCAAAUUCUGAACAACAUCAGGAAACAAUUGUUAACGGAAACCCACCCAUGCCGGGGACGGCCCAAAACCCUACCUCUCCUGGUUCAGAUGAGCCUGACUCCGAGUGCGAUUCGGGGUCCGAUUCUGACUCCGAAGACGAAGCCGAACAGAACCUUCAGCUUCAAACUUUGGAGGCGGAGCUUUCCUCCAACCCUUGCAACUACGAAGCUCAUGUACAGUACAUAAGGCUUCUGCGGAAAAUGGGUGCCAUUGAGAAGCUGAGACUAGCAAGGGAAGCUAUGAGCGAGCUCUUUCCAUUGACACCUACUAUGUGGCAGGAUUGGGCUAGAGAUGAAGCAUCUAUUGGCACUGGGCCGGAGGCUGUUCAUGCAAUUGAGAAGCUUUACCAGCGAGGGGUGCUCGAUUAUCUGUCUGUCUCUCUAUGGUGUGAGUACUUGAGUUUUGUUCUCAAAUCUGAGGAAAUGGUGCGUGACUGCUCGUCUACUGAUAUUUCAAAGGCAAGAAAUCUGUUUGAGUGUGCUCUCACAGCAGCUGGUUUGCAUGUUGCUGAAGGCAUUAAAAUAUGGGAGGCAUAUAGGGAAUUUGAGCAAACUAUUUUUCAAACUAUUGAUCCGUCUGAAAUUCAGGCAAAAGAAAAGCAGAUUCAGCGCAUACGAACUAUAUUCCACCGUCAGUUAUCUGUUCCUCUUGUUAACAUGAGGUCAACGCUUCAGGCGUAUAGUGCUUGGGAGAUGGAACAAAGAAAUGAUCUUGCUGUUGAAUCUAGUGACUUGGAUGGGGUGCCUUCUCACAUUGCCUCCGCUUACCAGAGAGCCUUAGAAGGGUAUAAUGCCCGUGUUCAUCUUGAAGAACAGAUUUUGAGGCAGGAUAUGUCUGAGUCAGAAAAACUUCAACAAUACAUGAUCUACUUGGAAUUUGAACGGUCUUCUGGAGACCCAGCCCGAGUACAAGUUCUGUAUGAACGCGCUAUUGCUGACUUCCCUAUAUCAAGUGACCUCUGGCUUGAUUAUACUCGCUAUUUGGACAAAACCUUUAAGGGAGCCAAUAUUGUUAGAGAGGUUUAUUGCAGGGCCACAAAGAAUUGUCCCUGGGUUGGGGAACUUUGGGUUCGAUAUUUGCUCUGCUUGGAACGUGGCAAUGCUUCUGAGAAAGAAUUAGCCUCUGUAUUUGGGAAGUCACUGCAAUGCACCUUUUCUACCGUUGACGAGUACCUGGAUCUGUUCCUCACUCGAGUAGAUGGCCUGAGACGAAGACUUUUAUUUACUGCUGAAGUAGAGGAUGUAUUAAAUUAUUCAUUAAUAAGGGAAACCUUUCAGAAUGCGUCGGAUUACUUGUUAGAGCACUUGAAGAACAUGGAUGGUUUGGUGCAUUUGCAUGGUUAUUGGGCCCGUUUAGAGCUAAGUCUGGGUACAGAUUUAGUUGCAGCUCGUGGAGUGUGGGAGAGUUUGCUCAGGAUCUGUGGUUCAAUGUUGGAAGCCUGGCAGGGUUAUAUAGCAAUGGAAAUUGAAUUGGGCCAUAUUAAUGAGGCUAGGUCCCUCUAUAAGAGAUGCUACAGUAAAAGAUUCCCUGGGACUGGUUCAGAGGACAUCUGCCGUUCGUGGUUACGCUUUGAAAGGCAAUUCGGUACACUGGAAGAUUUUGACCAUGCUGUACAAAAGGUUACCCCUCGUCUGGAAGAGCUACAGUUAUUUAGGUUACAGCAGGAAUCCAAAUCAAUAGUCAAAAGGGAAAAUCCUCUUAAGAAGGAUGCUCGUGAAAAGAGAAAGCCAGGUUCAGACAUAAUUAAAGAACAGUCUCCUGCAAAGAGGCAAAAAGAUGCAGCUAUGUAUGGGAAGGAUAAAGCCCAAGACUCAAACUUAGUUGGGCCAAAUAAAGUGAAAGAAAUCAAUGCCAAGGUUGAGAAAGAAAAUAGCAGAAUUGAACAGAUGAAAGAUGCUAUGACUGGAAAAACUAAAGUAUACAAGGAUCAGUGCACUGCAUUCAUAUCAAACAUUAACCUUAAGGCAAACUGUGAAGAUCUGCGUAACUUCUUCAGUGAUGUUGGUGGAGUACAUGAUAUCCGUAUACUGCAUGACAAGUUCACUGGAAAAUCAAGGGGACUAGCCUACGUGGAUUUCUCCGAUGAUGCACACCUUGCUGUUGCUGUAGCAAAGAACAAACAGAUGUUACUUGGAAAGAGGCUUAGCAUUGCUCGGUCAAAUCCAAGGAAAAGCAGAAAAGAUUUAUCUGGCCAUGAUAGUCAAAUGGAGCAUGUCGAUGCUGCUAAUCAAAUCGAUGCGACUGGGGGAUCUGCUCUGAAUGCAUCUGCUGAAACCUCCAAGGAAGCUAGUCGGGCACCACAAUCUGCUAGUCGUAGACGUGGAAAUGUCAAUAUCGACAUUACGGGGAAGAACACAUUUGCAGUACCCAGAAAUGUUAAACCACUUGGUUGGUCUGCAAACAAACCAGAAACUGAGGGAGAUGAAAAGCCCAAGUCUAAUGACGAGUUCAGGAAAAUGUUCAUUAGAAAGUAGGGUUUGUUCCAGGCGUCACAAAUUGAACUUAGUGAAUGACAAUUCUCUUUACGUGAUGAAACAGAGCAUAACUGUAUUUGCAGCUACACAAGCUUUUGUUCUAUGGACAAUGGAAUUAGCAAGUGCAUGAAAUUGUUGUCCAUGUCUUGGACUUGGAGA